AUGCUAGCCUCAAUCAAUAAGACAAGAUCUUCAUUACGGGGAGGUGGUUGUGGAACUUUUAGAAUGAUUUCAAGAACAUAAGCAAACUUAAAGUCAGAUAUUUAAGAUAUAGAAAAUUUCAUUACCAAAUUUGAAUCUUUUGUUGAAAUAAUUUGUGCUAAAGCUAAUGUUGCUAUCAAUUCGUUAGAAUCUUAAGAAAUAAUGAUAGCCAUACAAUGGUUUAUUUUUUAAGAGGAAAAUAUAUACAAACUCAAUAAGAAUCCCUAAAAUAUCACAAAAUCAUACAACCUGAUUGUAGAGGGAAUCCGAAAAUUAUUGAAAAGCUGUUUGAUAUAUAUUAGAACAGACUAAUUUAAAUGUUUGUAUAUCUUAUAGAUUACAGCAUCUCUAUCUAAAGUCAUAUUUAGUUUCCAUGUAAUGAACAGGGAUAGAAUAAUGAAAAUUGAAUUAUAAAAGGAAUUUCUAGAUAUCUCGAAUGAUUUAAAAUAAUCAAUGGAAAUAGAGAAGAAUGAUUUGAUUUAAAUUUAAAUGGAAUUUUUUCUUUUCUUAACAAAAACUUCUUUCGAAAUGACUCCAAAUAACAGUAAUGAAAGGGAAGAUAUUAUAAAAGGAUUUGUAAAUGGUAUAUUUGGUUCUUUAAUUUAAAUGAAACCUAAUUCUGAAUUACUUGAAUCCUUAUUUAAGGCAAUCUGCUAAAUUCACAAUAUGUAUACAAUUAAAAAAAAUAGAAAAGAAUUUGAAGUGUAUUUUUAUUUAGACAUGUUAUAAUGGGAGAUCAUAAAUUAUUUAAAAUAUGACCUCUAACAGAAUUUGGAAGAAAUAAUCUUAUAUAUUUAGAAAACACAUGAAAAACUUGUUAAAAAUUCUAGUUAUUGGAAAAAUCAUUUUUUGUGGAUUUAGAUGAUUGUAAAAAUCUUAUUAUAUAAUCCUCUUAUAACAAAAAAAAAAUUAAAAUAGUUGACUAGCUCUUUAAAUUUUGGAGCCAAAUCAAUGUAGAUUUGGAAGGAAUAUCUGAACAAAGGGUUUCUAAUUCAAAUGAAUCAUAGCAAUGACUAGGCUAUAAUUUUACUUAAUUAAUUUAAAAAUAAAGAAUUAACUUAAAUUGAUAAAUUAAUACUACAAGGCACUUUCAAAGAAUGGGAAAACCUCAUGGUACUUAAAGAUUACUUAAUGAAUUAAAAAAAUGAUAACAUCUAUUUCACAUUUGGCUCUUAUCUAAAAUGUAAAUUAGGAAGUAUGGAACCAUAAAAAAAUGUAAAUACCCAGACAAUUUGCAAAAUUUAACAAUUUUUUGAUUUCAUCAUAUCGAAGAAAUUACUAGCUUUAAUUAAAGAAAAUGAUGAGAGAUUGGGAGUUAUAGUUAAAAAUUAAAAAUUUUUUUUCGAAAGAAAUAUGUAUUUUGAUAUCACAAUAGAAAAAGCCACAUAUAAUUCAUAAUUAAAAAAAAUGGUUUUCAACUACAAAGAAUAUUUCUAAAACACUCUAAAAAUCAUUAAAAUUAUUAGGCUUAGUUAAAGGAAAUAACAUUGUGAGAUAGAAGAAAUUAAAUAGAAAAAAAUUAAUGAAUUCAUUUUGUUUUAAUAACUUAAAUAUAUUAUGAGACUAUUAGAAUAAAUAUUAUUAUAAGCAAUUUAAGAUAUUAAAGAUAAUAGAAAUGAACCUGAUGAAAGCAUAAUGCUUUAGUAAGAGAUAGAACAUAUUUAGAAGAAAUUAUAAAAUUUAAAUUUUACAGAUAAAUAAUCUUCAGAUGUGAAUAAGUUUAAGUAGAAGCUACUUGCCUUACCUAGUGCAACUCUUAACAAGAGAGGUUUUUAGAAAGAAGCUCAAUGCAUGUUAAAACUUAUUCAACAAACUGAAAGUAAAGUCUCAGAGCUAGAAGUUUUGUUAAUUCAAAAGGAAAGCUUAGUUAAAUACUUUCAAAGUUUAUUGAAUAACCUAUAUUUGUAUUAUGAACAUUAGAUCUAAGAACUUGAAAAAUACUAUAAUGAAUUAAUUGAUAGUUUUAAGGCGAUUCUAAUUUUACAAUAUGAAAUAGAGUCUGUUUCUUAACCUGAAAAAUUAAAAGAAAUUAAAUCACAAUAUUCUUAAAAGCUUUCAUUUUAAUGUAUACAAAAAUAAAGAUUGAACAUGUUAAAGCUUAAAUUACAAUUAAUUGUUUUCAAAGAAUGCUUUUAAAAUACAUUAACAAUACCAUCAGAAGAAUUUUAAUAGUUAAAAGAUGUUAUCAAUUUGGACGAUUUUCUACUUGAUGUAACAAUUAAUUAUCCCCAAAAAUUAAUUGUCUAUCACAACUAAUAUUAAAAAUAAAUAAUACCUGAAUUAAUAACAUUGAAAGUCACUGAGGAAGACUUGUAAAAUAAUUUAUCUAAGUAUUAAGGAACAAUAGAUUACUUAAUAUUUCAAUUAAGUAUAAAUGAGUAAAUUAUUCAAUCCGAAAAAAAAGAUUUAGAGUUGAUUCAGAAGGAAUUUGGAGAAUUAUUUAUUGAAUAAUCGAUUUCAACUUCAAUUAUUGAAAGAAUAAAGAAGACUAUUGAAGAUAUAUCAAUAGGUGAAUCAAUUUAAAAUGUGGCUGAUGAAAAAUUUAAUCAAUCAUAAUUGAUGAUAGAGAUAGAAAAAUAUGAGAAUUUUUAGUAAUAAUUAAGGAUGGUUGAGAAAAAUAAAAAUAGUAACAAUAUAGAACGUUUCAAAUAAUUUAUCAAUCAAAUCGACAAAGUUGUAAUAGUAAUGAGGAAUUCAUUAAAAAAAAAUGUAAAACUUUUUAAAAUACCUAUUGUAGAUUUUUUAAAUGACUUAAAAAUAUUACAAGAUUAAAUAAAAUAAAAUAAUUAUGAUGAAAAAGAGAAAAAAGAAGAAGAAAGGAAUUUCCAUAAAUCUUCUUCUAAUUAAUAAGAUAAUUAAAAAUAUGAAAAAAAUUAAAUUGCUCUUAAGGAUUAAUAAAUGAUUGAAGACAACCUCAUAAAUCUUUCAGAUAAAAAAUAUCAAACUCAUUUAUAAAUCAUCAUUAAUGUAGUAAAAAUAACAGAGAAAAAAAUAGCAGAAUCGAAGCAACAAUUGACACAAUUACUUGAAGAAGUUCAAAAGUUUAGAAAUGACUUUUUUCUAAUUCAGGAUUAUAAAAAGGAAAUUUAAGCACAAAUGCAUAAUUUUUUUCUUAAAUUUCUCUAAGAUUAAGUUAAUAAAUUUGAAUAAUCUCUUUAUACCACAGCUGAUUUAAAAUAAAUUCAACGUGAAGAUUUUAAAGAAUAUUUUGAAAGAAUUACAAUUUUAUUAGAAUGUCAGGAUUAAAAAGAUGAUAGAAAUAUCGCAGAAUAAACCAAUAUUUUUGAUUUUCUGAAUAACAUAAAGGCUGAAAUACAAAAAAUUUUGAUAGAUUCAAAAUGUGUAUCCUAAGAAGUUAUUAUUAGUUAAGAUAAACUAAUUAAAUAAAUAACAAACAUUUAUUUAUAAGGAGAUGAAGAGGAAGAAAGUGAUGAAGUUGAAUCAAUUAAAUAAUUCAGUUUAUUGAAUGCUUUGAAUCAAAAAUAUCAAGAUUUUAUAAAUAAUGACGAAUGGAAAAUUAAAUAGAGUCUUGUUAUUACAAUUAUUUAGAUUUCAUCUAAUUGUUUCAUAGAUACAAUUAUUGUAUUUUGUUAGAAAGCUCUAAUUUUCUUCUGGAUUGAAGAAAAAGAUUAAAGAGUGAGAAAUAUACUAAAAAAUUAGCACUUGAUCAAGAUGUAAAUGUAGAUCUUGUCGUAAGAUUGGUAGACUUAACAUAAUAGAAUUGCAGGGGAAAUGUAAUAAAAUUUAAGGAGAGUUGAAUAAUUGUAAGAAUAAAUUUCUCGUGAGGCUAAUCUUAGCAAACGCGACAUACAACUGAAAGAAAUGGAUGAAACAAUAUCGUAAUUAGAUAAAUACAUUCAAAAUAUUUGUGAAAUGAGUUAAUAACUUAAUUUAAGAACUGACUUCGUUAACCAUAUCAGAAAAGGCUUGAUAAGAGUUGAGGGAAAAAUAAAUGAGAUGAAUAAAUAGCUAAACAGCUUGGGUAAUGACAUCAAAUUUCUAAGAGGAAAAUCUGUUUAAGAACUUUUUGAAAUUAGAAAAUCGAAAGUAUUGACUGAAGCAGCAAAAAAAAAUGUUAGGUCUAUAUAUGUGCCAUUAUAAACCAUGGAGAUUUUUUAGAGAGGGGAAAAGAAUGAAUAGAAGAGUAUUUUGAUGAAUUUGAAAAAUUUAUAUGAUAAAAAAGGAUAAGUGAAUGAGUUUUUAUUAGAUGAUAAAGAAACAGUAUUAUUGAUUCAUGGGGUAGCUGGAUCAGGCAAAAGUACUGCAGCUAAGAAAAUAGAAGAAUUUAUUUGGGAAUUACACAACAUUAAUGAAAAAAUCAGUAAUAAAAUUCUAAUACCUAUUUAUAUUUCAUUACCUUCUUUAAAAAAUCCUGUUUUUUAAGCAGUAGAGGAAGCACUUCAUCAAGACGAGUAUGGUUUUGAUGAGCUCUAAUUGAAAGAAUGUAAAGAGAUGUUAGUGAACAAACAAUUCAGAUUAUUAUUAAUAAUGGAUAGUUACGAUGAGAUGAAGUUGGAGAAUAUUUAGAAAAAUUUAUAUAUUAAUAAUAAACUUAAUUAGAACUGGUCAGACCCUCUUGUUAUUUUUACCACCAGAAGUGACAUUUUUACAAGCAGCAAUUAUGCCGACUGGUUUGCGCCGGAAGAGAAAUAGAAAUUUAAAGAAAUCUAGCUACUUCAGUUUGAAUAGAGUUAAAAAUAAGAAUAUCUUAAGAAAUUUACGAUUUAAAGUAUUAAAAUGUUAAUUUUUGAUAUACAUGAAUGGUAAUUCUCAACUUAAAACCAAAAAGCUAUGGAUUUUAAAAGGUUUGAACAGAGUUGGGAAAAGAUAUAGUCAUAAUUUUUUUAAUUUGAUGAAGCAAGGUGGAAAUCAGAAACUCUUAUGGAUGAAUAAUAAAUAAACAGUAUUGUAUAAUUUUUGAAGGAUGAUGAGUUAAUCGCUUUAAAAAGUAUUGAAGCUAGUAGAAGCUUGAGCAUAAAUUUACAAAAAUAAUGGAGUUUUAAGAAGUAUGAAGAAAUGAUGAGAUCGAUAGAUCGAAAUAAAUUAGUGGAAACUCCAUAUAUGAUGGAAAUUAUAGUGUAAGUGUUGCCCAACAUGAUUCUUAAAGCAACAGAGAUUAUUAACAUUAAAUAAACCUUCUUGAAGAAUUUUUCAAAUAUGUUGGAAGAAUUCUACAUAAGUAAAUACAGAAUUCAAAUGUUUAAAUCACAACAAAAAAGGCAUUUUUAUGAGUCAAUAAAUGAAGUUAAUAAAGUAUCUGAAACACAAAUUUAAGUUGAUUAUGAUGAAUUCUUGGAAGUUACUCAUAACGAUUUAUAGAACUUGGAAAUGAUUGAUUACCAUUUAAUUGCUUCUGAAGUUUGGAAUAUUUUGGAAGAAAGUUUGAUUCCUUAAUAAUUGUAAAUCUCUUAAGAAUCUGUAGAAGUGCAUAAUUAACUUUAAAGAAAAUUAGAAAAUAAUCUUUUGCUAUUAAAGAAUAUAAAAAUUUAAUAGGAAGAAAUAAUAUAAUUUGCUUAUGAUGCAUUAAAAGAAUACAAUCUUACAAUUUAUGACUGUUAUUGUGAAUUUAUCAAUUAUUACCACUUGAAAUAAAUUGAAAAACGCAGAAACUUAGGAAAAUCUAUAGAUACGGAUCGUUUUAUGCAUGAUCUAUUAGAAUACUCAAUUAGAUUUGCAAAAAUAAUGAGUAAUAAUCAACUGACUUAAGUUUAAUAUAAGUAGCAAGGAUUUUUAUAUUAAAAUGCUAGAACAGAGGAACAAUGGCUUAAUGAAUUUUUUAAUUAUGAUGAUUACAACGGAGCUUAUAAAAAAGAUAUCAGAAGUUGCUCACUUGUCUAAUAAAAAGGUGCUAAUUAUUAAUUUACCCAUAAAUCAAUUUAAGAGUUCUUGGUUGCAGCUGAUUUAUAUGAGGUUUUAGUUCAAUCAAAAAAUAUUGAUACAUAAAUAUUGAAUAUUAUAAUAGAAAUAUUGUCAAAAGAAUAGAAUCAAAAUUAGGAUUGCAUAAAGUUUCUACAAAAUCUCUAGUAUAAAUAUGCCUAGAAUUAUCAUUACAUUGGAAAUUCAACUUUUUUGGAAAAACAAAAAUAAUUAUAUGAUUUUGAUUAGACGAUUAUGUAAAUUAUUUGUUUAAUCAAAAUCAUUAUAAUGCAUGAUUUUAAUUCUAUUAAUUAUUCCGCUGAAAUAUACACUGGAACUAGAUAAUACCUCAUUUCAAAAAUAUAGAGGUUAGGAUAAUAGAAUUAUUGA